AUGGCCGAUCAGGUUCGACACCGCCGGACCCAACCUUCUAGCCCGGGAACAGAGAGGGAGCCGCAGUCGGAGCAAACGCAUGGCACCCCUUCACGUGCCGCCGGGGUCGCGCCGCCUGCGAAUGCUCUUUGGUUGACGACGGCGGGGCAACCUGCUCUACCACAGACCUUCUUCACAAUCCCUCCUCACUUGGACCAUCGGAACCCAACCCCUCUCUACUAUCUCCAACCCUCACAAAGUCCCACUACUUCCGGAACGGCACAGUCGUAUACUGGCUCCACUGCGCCUCCCAUCCUCCUCCCGCCUGGAGCUUUCCGUCCGUUCUUUGGCCCUCCGGCACAUCUACAGUAUCCACCAGAGCAUCCGCAACUCUCAUACCACUACCGCAGUAUCGACCAUCCGCCGCCUUUUGGCCCAUCGCCUGCGCCGCCAGCAGGAGCCACUGUUGUGCCCUCUCCAUAUCAGCCGCCUCAUCCCCAGCAUCAUCCACAUCAUAUGCCGCCGCAAAACCUGGCCCCAGCGUGGUCUUCCGCUUACCGAACGAGUGAGAAUGGACAGCUCGCUCCCACUGUAGCUCACCAGGUCACUGGAACGGGCCCUUCCCUUCCACCUCUAGCCUAUGCAUACAGUCUAUCGUCUCCGCCACCUCAGCCGGCAUUUCCACUAGCACAUAUUGGUGCGCAGACUCGGAGUUCACAUUUGGAGGUAGCACGAGAUCCUCGCCUACAGAAUGCGACCGAAGCUGAGAUCCGGUCGGACAUACGACCUCACGCUGGCACAUCCAUGGAGGGGUGCAACAGAAGCGCAGCAACCAAUUCCCGAAAUGUGAGAGUGGCAGCUCGGCCUUCCCGACGGCAAGAAUACUCUCACCCGGUCCCACCGCCGAGUGGCGUCCAGUGGCCGUCCUCUGCGAACCGAUUCCACUCGGCUGAGACCGCCGCCUUCGCUUUGAAUAUGCCAACUCCUUCGACUCCGACCACAUCAAACCGCCGAAGCUAUGAACGAUUUCAGGAAAAUGGUUCAGGACAGCCCUCUCAUGAAUAUCUGGUCGAAGUUGCCGCCAUCGAGGAGCGUAGACGAAGGCUCGAAGCAGAGCGUAUUCUGCAUGCCGACCAAGUCGCAGCUGCGCAAAUCGCUCAGCACAUGCAAGCCCACGAGGUGCGGAUACAACAAUUACGGCAAUUACAGCAGCAACACCAGCAGCGCAGGCGCCGCAUACCACACCGUAACACACCGACCAAUGAGCAGCUGCAAGCACUGGUUGCAACACUAAGAGCCAAUUGCUUGCUACACCCUCACCUUCCCACCGAAGACAAUACAUGCGGCAUUUGCACCAAAGAAUACGCCGGCGAAAAGUGCGACGCGUCCGAGGAUCGCGAAAAUGCAAUCCUAGUACCAUGCCCUGCGAAGCAUGUAUUUGGAGAAUGGUGCAUCAUGACAUGGAUCAGGACAUGCCUCGACCAAAAGAAUGUCAUCGCGUGUCCAACAUGCCGUAAGGCGCUUAUCGCACCGCGCGAGAAGCCCGCACGCGCGCCAACUUCUCGACAGAGGCAUCGUAUGUUUGCGGCCACAAUGAGGGAGAACAUGCGUACCGUCGCCGCUGAACAACAACGCGAGCCUCUGACCAGAAACCAAGGGGGCCCCGGGGGACCUUAUAUGGGCGAGUUUGUUGUUAACCCCAGUGACCCCACCACAUUCCCCCUGGCACUGCCAACGACUCCGGUGACACUUCCCCGGGAACACGUUCACGCCGCUCUGGCGGGGGAAUCAGGCGAGGGGGAACCGGAGGCUGGCGAGGACGAAGAGGACGACGAGGAGGACGAAGAGGGGGACGAGGACAGUCUCGACGAACGGGCGUAUUCGCAGAACGAUGACACGGAAUUGGAGGAUUAG